AUGAGUAAAGCCGAUGUAGUAAAUGAAAUUCAUAGAAAUGCUAGGGUGAAUUUCCCGCGUAGACAUGUUAUUACGAAAGAUAUAGAUGAUUUAUGGCAAGCAGAAUUAAUUGAUAUGCAAUCAGUUUCUAAGGAAAACAAAAACUUCAGAUUUAUUCUUACCGUUAUUGAUACAUUUUCGAAAUACGCUUGGGCUUUUCCAAUUAAGACUAAAAGCAAUACUCUUAAUAAUGUUACUUACGAAUACAAUCACACUUAUCAUCGAACUAUUGGUGAAAUUCCAACCAAUGUUAAAAAUAAAAGUAAAAAACGAAUACUACAGACAUACCUUAGAUCGGUAAAGAAUCAUAAUGUAAAACGUAAGUUUAAAUUAGGUGAUUAUGUGCGUAUAAGCAAAUACAAAGGUUUAUCUUCUAGUGAAAACAGUUGGAUCGAUAAGUCAAAUAUAUUAUAA